UUUAUUGUUAUCCAAACACAGUUAUUGGUUUAGGCGAGGGUUUUGAAGAAGAUGGGGAAGCCAAAGAAAGAAUUGUUAGCAUCGGCGCCAUGGCGCGCCGGAGGAGACGAUGAACGAGAUAAAUUCAAAGACGCGAAGCUCAAAGUCACCGCCCAGCCAGGAAGCACCCCUACUAUGCACGUUCCAGGCAAGAGGAAGCCCAAAGAUGUUGCUGCCGAUGAAGACGAUUCUCUCGAAAUCGACCCUGAACUCCGUUACAGCUUCCAACGCAAUUUUCAGUUCUUGCAACGGGUCUUCAGCAUUGAUACUCUUGUGAAACCACUACCUUAUUCAAUGCAAUACAAUGUUUCUCGCAACUUGAGCUUCUUCACACGCAUCUUCACACAGUUCUAUGAUCCUCAAGGUAUUGCAAAUGCUCAGAAGGCUCUUGGAAUAGGACAAGAAGACAAAGUCCGCAAUGUCCGUUGAUAAAGCUGUGUUAUUUGAGAUUUUUUU